CGGCGGGCUAGCAAGGGACAGCCCAGGGGGGCAGCGUGUCUGGCCCCAGCUGAGCUCCAGCCGUUGUCAGGGCGCCGCGCUUGGUGGCCGAGACCGGCGAGACCAGCCCGUACCGUAUCCAGCCCGUCUCUGGUAUGUAUCGCCUGGCUCGACGCGUCGCCGCACGCACUGCUUGGGGUAGCUCAAUCCACGCGUAGCUCCUUGGAGAGAUCAAAAGAUGCCCUGAGCUUGGUCACAAUGCUGCAGUGUUUGCUGCCCCUCCCGCGCGCAGGUGCUCUGUCAUGCAGUAUGUUUGCGUCCUGCUCUUGA